GGGGCCAGGGAGGCGUAUCAGCCCCCGGUGGAUGUACAAGGAGGUUUCCAAGCUCCUGGAGGCUGAAGGGCUCUCUACAUCUCCUAUUGCUCCGGGGAGGUGCCGGCAGAGCUGCGGAAUCACGCCAGGGUCGCCACCUCCGUCGUGCUGGGUUGAAUGGCGCGCACGGAGCGGGGCAGCAGGUGGACAUGCUAACAUAGGGACCAGGUACCUGGCUAGCCCCCAGCCUGCCCAGCCGCCGUGUCCCAGCACGGCACGUGACACCAUGGACCCCGUCCCAGAGAUGAAGAGGAAUAGGUUCCCCAGCAUGAACUUUGAAGCAGAGAUUCUGACAGCUCCACACGAUAACUCAGAGCUAUAUGUGAUCCCUUCCAUGAGAAGUCUCACAGCUGAGGAGUAUGUAGAGGCCUUCAAGUCAUUUUUGGAUCAUUCAACAGAGCAUCAGUGCAUGGAUGAGUUCAACAAGAAAGAAUUGCCCAACAUCAUGGCUGGUCUCGGCAAUGGAAAAUCAACUAUAAAUGUUCUGGGCGUUGGAAGUGGCACAGGUGAGCAGGAUUUGAAAAUGAUCAGGAUACUGCAGGCUGCACACCCAGGUGUCCUUAUUGACAACGAAAUUGUAGAGCCCAACGCACAACAUGUAGCAGCUUACAAAGAGUUGGUGAAUCAAGCUCCAGACCUGGAAAAUGUCUCUUUUAGUUGGCACCAGCUCACUUCCUCAGAGUAUGAGCAACAGGUGAAAGAGAAAGGUGCACACAAGAAAUUUGACUUCAUCCAUAUGAUCCAGAUGCUGUACCGUGUGGAGGAUAUUCCCAGUACUAUCAAAUUUUUCCACAGCUGCCUUGACCAUCAUGGUAAACUCCUGAUCAUAAUUUUAUCAGACAGUAGUGGAUGGGCCAGCUUAUGGAAGAAGUACAGACACUGUUUGCCUUCCACAGACAGUGGCCACUACAUCACCUCCAACGGCAUCACAGAUAUUUUGAAGAGACUUGGUAUUGAAUACCGCAUUUAUGAGUUCCUGUCGGGCUGGGAUAUCACUGAGUGCUUUAUUGAUGGGGACCUGGUUGGAGGCUGCAUGAUGGAUUUCCUGACAGGGACAAAAAACUUCCUGGGCACGGCCCCUCCAGGUCUGAGGCGGCAGCUGCAGGAGGCUCUCUGCCAGCCAGAGUGCAGCAGCAAAAAGGAUGGGAGGAUCAUCUUCAGCAACAACUUGAGUAUGAUUGUGGUUGAUUCCUAGAGUCCGGACCAACUGUAGAAGACAAAUUAGGUGGGUAUGGAGGCAAUGCAGUUGCAGAAGGGUGUAGCAUAGAAAGAAGGCAACUCACGGGCAAGAAGGUGAGAAAGUGAGGCUCAGCUGCAGCCUCUCAUUCCCAGCCAGGGCCACCUGUGACACCAGAGAUGAGCUCUUUGUCCUGCUGAGGUCAUCGGGGCCAAGAUUUCACCCUGGCUAUUCAGUCAUAGAAUCAUAGAAUGGUUUGGGUUGGAAGGGACCUUAAAGAUCAUCUAUUUCCAACCUCCCUGUCUUGGGCAGGGACACUUCUGCUACACCAGGUCCUAGUCUAGCCCUAGGAAAACAUUUUGCAGAGAGUGAAGAGCUUCAUCUCACUAAAAGCCUACAUGGACUUGGUUUUGGACAGUAUGCAUCUUGUCUGUGCUUUUGACACUGGGAUUUCCACUUUUUUUAUAAAGCCAGCAUGUUUACAUGCCUAUAUGACCAGGUGCUGUUUUUCAGCUGGGAUGAAGCUGCAGCCUCCGUGCCGGCUGCAUAGAGACCCACUGCUUCCAGCUGUGCCAGGGCAAGAUUGGAAAGGUGUCCCUACUGCUUUGCACCCAAGUAAUGUGCCUUGUUGCACCCAGAUACGAGAUGUACGUUGCUCUGAGCUAGGCUUUUUCACAUGCGGGUAUCAGUGUAGGUAUUCACUGCCAAAAUCAUCUCAGCACCUCGUAAUAUAGGCAUGUCUUAAAAAAUUACCAGUUAUUAUGUUUGGAGAUGUUUUUGGAUCCCAGGACGAUAGCUGCCCUGUGUUCUUUCAGGCAGACAUUAAUUUAGCUACUUUCUUACUACUGUUUUUCUCCAUUUAAAAUAAAAACAAUCUUAAACCAAAAAGGUCACAUU